AUGUACGUUGAGCAGACGAUCAUCAACGCGGUCUUCCACAACAUCCCGGAGUUCUCGGAGCAUUCCGUUAACACGGCCAGAGUCAAGACCUUUGCGCGGGUCAUGACGCACGUCGAAGGCGGCUGGCCAAAGGAGAUUGACUACAGUGAGGCCCAGGAUACCUUGAAGUAUCGCAAGCGCCUGGAGAAGGAUCCGGCCUACAUCAGUGCAGUGAGACAGCUCACAAAACAAACGGUCCCAUGCUUGGAGAUGAACAACACCAUCGACCUGUUUCAGAUUUAUUUCCAAGAUGAGGAGCCGGACCACAUGCCGGAGAUUCUCAACCUGAAGACGAUCGCGCUCUUCAAGGAUCCUUCGGAUGAAGCCCGGAGUGUCACCAAAAUCGGUUGGCACCCAGAGGGGCCCACGAAGCUGGUGGGUUCGUACUCCAACCUUCGCUUUCAGCGCAUGUCCGAAGACAUGCCCAUGGCAUCCUUCAUCUGGGACAUCUCGGAGCGCAACGUUCCCUUGAUGGAGCUGCGAGCAAUGUCGCCGCUGAUUUGUUGCCAGUACAAUCAGAAGAAUGCGGACUGGCUCUUGGGUGGCAGCUACAAUGGCCUCAUCAACCAUUACGACUUGCGCAAGGGUCCGUCACCAUGCAUGAAGUCCUCCGUAGAGGUGGGACACUAUGAUCCCGUCUAUGACGUGGUCUGGCUGCAGAGCAAGACGGGCACGGAGUGCGCCUCGGUGUCUUCGGACGGCCGCCUACUCUUCUGGGACGUGCGGAAAUUGAGCGAGGUGCAGGACGAGUGUGUGCUCACCGAUGGGAACAAGGAGCACCCAAAGACCUUAGGUGGUGUCUCCCUGGAGUGGAUGCAGGAAGCAGGGCCUACUAAGUUCUUGGUCGGCUCCGAGCACGGCAUCAUCCUGUCCUGCACAAAGCGGCCCAAGAAGCAGGUAGAAAUCGGAACCUGGUUCGGCUCAGAAGACCGGGGUGGCUACGGCAAGCACUUCGGCCCCGUGUAUUCCGUGAAGCGCAACCCUUUCCAUGUCAAGUUCUUCUUGAGUGUGGGUGAUUGGUGCGGCAAGAUGUGGAUGGAAGAGCUUAAAGGCCCAAUGCUCCAGACGCCCUACUACCCGGCCUUCAUUAGCGCAGCUGGGUGGAGUCCGACCCGUGCGGGAGUCUUCUUCCUUGCACGUCAAGAUGGUCGUCUGGACGUGUGGGACUACUUCUACCGAAUGAACGAGGUGGCUUUGACCCAGCAGGUCUCAGACCGGGCCCUCACCUCGCUGAACAUCCAAUCGCAGGGCCGGCUGGCAGCCGUCGGAGACGCGGGAGGCGUCAUCACCCUGCUGCAGCUGUGUGACGGCCUCGUCGAUCCAGGCCCCAACGAGAAGAACCUGAUUGGCCUGAUGCUGGAUAGGGAGACGAAGCGCGAGAAGAGCUUGGAUCAGAUCAAGAAGCAAGGAGGGGUCGCGAAGAAGGACGACAAGGAGGGAGCCGGUGGCAUGACCAUCGACAAGACAAAGUAUCAGGAGCGGGAGAAGGCUUUCUUCACCGAGCUUAACAUGACCGGCGACGACCUGGGAACCACCCUUCCAGCACGCUGA